AUGGAUUUCUCGUGGGGCACGCAAGUGGUCGCCCUCACCCUCACCUUCGUGGGCGGCCUCGCCACCGUUCUUGGCGGCUCGCUGGCGCUGCUGGCCGGCACGCCCAACCCGCGGAAGCUGGGGGCCAUGCUGGGCGGCUCGUCGGGCGUGAUGCUCUACAUCGCGUUCGCCGACCUCAUCCCCGAUUCGGCCCUCGCCAUCGGCCAUCCCUACACCUGGCUCUUCUUUGUGUUGGGCGUGGUGGGAUUCUCGCUGGUGAUGUACUACAUACCCGAACCGCACUUUGACGGCGACGACGAUGACGAGGGCCACGGCCACAGCCACGGCCAUGGGUCACGAGAGGAACGCUCCGGGUGCGAAAACGCAGAGGCGCGCCACGGCCCCACGAAGGCGGGGCUGGCGACGGCGAUCGGCAUGUGCAUCCACAACUUGCCGGAGGGCAUCGCCGUCUACAUCUCGUGCCUGCGAGGGCUGGAUGUGGGGUUGAGCCUCGCGGUGGCGAUCAUCAUCCACGUCAUCCCCGAGGGCAUGGCCAUCGCCGCGCCCAUCUACCACUCAACCGGAAGCAAGUGGGAGGCGAUCAAGUGGGCACUAUUGGCGGGCAUGUGCCAGCCCGUGGGCGCGCUAGUGUUCGGCAUCGCCUUCUCGCACCACCUCACCCCUUUCGUUCUUUCCGCUGCCCUCUCGGCCGUGGCGGGCAUCAUGGCCCUCCUGUGCGUGCAGGAGCUCAUCCCCACGUGUCUACGCCACCUCUCCCUCUGGGAGGCGGGGAUGAGCCACAUGUUCGGGGCGCUGACCAUCUACCUCACCGUCACCUUCGUCCAGCGCGUCCUCGGCGUAGAAAAGUGA